AUGGCGUCGAUAAUGACAACGUUGUGUCUUGUGGUAAUGAGCGUGGCAGCUACCUACUACAUCUUGAAAUGGGUUUUCCUGUAUCUUCGCGGAGAUGAGGGGGAAAUCGGAGGAAGAGCGAACAAAAACGUUCUAAUAACGGGAUGCGGGUCAGGAUUCGGCAAAGAGAUCGCGCUGCGAUUAGAUCAGCUGGGAUUUCGUGUGAUUGCAACUUGCAGAACUAAAGCUGGGGAGGAAUCGGUCAGGGCCAUUUGCAGUGACAGGGUGAAGACGUACUGCAUGGAUGUUACGAAUGUCAGGCAAGUUCACGAGGUCUUUGAAAGCAUCAAGAACGAGAUUCCAGCUAAUAAAGGAUUGUGGGGACUGGUAAACAACGCUGGAAAACUGACGGUGGGCAUGAUCGAGUGGCAGCCACUAGAAAGUCUUAAAGAGAUUGCUGAUGUAAAUCUUUGGGGAAUGAUAUGCGUCACGAAAACUUUUCUACCGCUUAUCAAAAGGGCUCGCGGACGCGUAAUCAACGUGGGAAGUAUAUUGGGUCGAAUUACUCUUCCUUAUAUGGCUGCCUAUUCUAUCUCCAAAUAUGGCGUGGAAGCCUUCUCUGAUGCUCUAAGGCGCGAAAUGCGCCCCUGGGGGGUAAAUGUGAGUAUCAUUGAAGCUGGAGCUCACAAAACCAAAUUAGUCAGUGGGGAUGUGCUGGUUAAUCAGUGGCAGUCUUUGUGGGACGGGCUAAAUGAAGAAUUGAAAGAAGAAUACGGCCAGGAAGGACUACAGAAAGGUCUGAUAUCUUUAAAGUCAUUGGACUCUGUAGCCUCGCCGCGCACACACAAAGUAGUCAACAGUGUCGUCCACGCCCUUACGUCACGAAAUCCACAGACACGUUAUGUCAUUGGCUUAGAUGCCAAGGCCUUGGUGUGGUUAUCCAUGUUACCGGCUGGUAUAACUGACUUCCUAUUCAGGAUCAUGGCACUUUCGCCGGAACCAAGAUUAAAGAAAAACAAUAGGAACGAGGUUGCAACUUGAGAUCCUUUCCUGUGAUAGGAAGUAAAUCAGAAGUUCUGGAUCAGGAUCAGAAAACCAACAAAAGCGUCACGGUGGUUUUUAUUGCAAGUUGGAGCAGCAUCGUCUGUAGUGGUAUUCGAUUAGGCUCAUUUGUGGUUGUUGUGACUUGCAGGUCAAAUCGAGCUCGUUGCGAAAAUGUUGGGAUAAUCAGAGAUUUUCUAGUCUCCGCCGAUGCAGAUAUAGAAUUGGAACAAUUUUCUACCACAGAAAGCAGCACAGCAGACAGCAAUCGAAGACUGAAUCAAGUCAAAGAUAGACAAACUACAAAUCUUAAAGACAUUGCCUAUCCAUAAACAUGUGAGAUGUUGAAGGAGAACAUGUAAUAGAGGAUUUACAUGCCUGUAACAGCGUAGUUAUCUGGAAAAUUAGGUAAAUUAGAUCCUUCUCAAAAUAUUUAGUAUCAACCUUCCCUUCUUUCAAAAUAUAUGUAAUGGCAUCGGCACGUUUACUUACAAGAGAGGCGUACUGAAACUGAAAGAAUGAUUCAAGAAACGAAUGAAUGAACAAACGAACGAAUGAAUUAAUAAACAUUUAUUUAUGUAUUCAGUAACGUUAAAUAAAAGAUCGAUGAAUAGAUUUCUUAAUUAAAAAUGAACGAACAAAUAAACU